AUGUCGAAAAUUACGGUCGCCAACGUCCGCGCUCAGGUCGGUGAGCUCCUCGAGUACUCCCUCGAGACCAAGAAGCGCAACUUCCUUGAGACUGUCGAGCUCCAGAUCGGCCUCAAGAACUAUGACCCCCAGCGUGACAAGCGUUUCUCCGGAACCGUCCGCCUGCCCAUCGUUCCCCGUCCCAACAUGAGCAUCUGCAUUCUUGGUGACCAGCACGAUAUCGACCGUGCCAAGCACGGUGGCGUUGACGCCAUGUCCGCCGACGAUCUCAAGAAGCUCAACAAGAACAAGAAGCUGAUCAAGAAGCUCGCUCGCAAGUACGACGCCUUCGUCGCUUCCGAGACUCUGAUCAAGCAGAUCCCCCGUCUCUUGGGUCCUGGUCUGUCCAAGGCCGGCAAGUUCCCCACCCCCGUCUCCCACUCCGACGACCUUACUGGCCGCAUCAACGAGGUCAAGUCCACCAUCAAGUUCCAGCUGAAGAAGGUUCUCUGCAUGGGUGUCGCCGUCGGCAACGUUGGCAUGACCCAGGAGGAGCUCGUUGGUAACAUCAUGUUGGCCAUCAACUACCUCGUCUCCCUUCUGAAGAAGGGCUGGCAGAACGUCGGUAGCCUUACCAUCAAGGCUACCAUGUCUCCCCCCAAGCGCCUCUACUAA